CGUGUUUGGACUCGCGUUGGGAAAGUUCUUCCAUGUUAAUGUUUGACAGGGUGGAUCAAGGACUGAGGCCACCUGCUUCUCCGUCUCACCUGAGCGUGAGGACUGCGUUGAGCUGGGAUUCUGAGGAGAACGACCACACACGCUUCCCGAGGCCAUGGAGGUCCUGGUUCUGGUGGAUUUUCAGGGGAGCCUGAAGGAUGAGCUGGAGGUUCACGUGGGGGACGUGGUGAAGAAUGUAACCAAGGCGACGGAGGAGGGCUGGCUGGAGGGGGAACUCAGGGGGAAGCGGGGGAUCUUUCCCGCCAACUUUGUCAAGGAGGUGCCAGUGUAUUUGAUUGGAGACAGCAAACGUGAGCCAAGGAGCAUAAGGAAAUCUCGGAUGCCCAAGCAGCAGACCAGGAAGUGUGAGGUGGCGUUCGCCUACAGCAGCCAGAACGGUGACGAACUGGACCUGGUGGUGGGGGAGACCAUAGACAUCAUCAAAGAGAUUGAAGACGGCUGGUGGCUGGGCUCCAAAAAUGCCAAAGUGGGGGUGUUCCCAUCGAACUUCGUCAAAGAGAUUUACAUCACCCCAAAAGACGCAAAGCUUAACGAGGGAAAGAGCCGACCCAAGCUUUCAGACGACCUGUUCAGCAAGGAGAAUAAACCAGCACAGAGAGCGAGUGUGAGGAAGAAGAUCGCCAAUGUGAAGGAGUGCUGCCAGGUCAUGUUUGACUACACCGGUGUCGCUGAGGAUGAGCUGUCGAUGAAGAAAGGAGAGAUCAUUACGAUCAUCUCUAAGGACUCGGAGGACGAGGGCUGGUGGGAGGGGGAGGUGAACGGGAGGAGAGGCUUCUUCCCGGACAACUUCGUGAUGGUGAUCCCGACAGACGCGCUGCAGUCCCUGAACCGGAGCCAGCCGCCCGUCCGCCACGACGCACCUCCUGCAGCUAAAGUCGAGACCAGCCCGCCUGCGCUGAAGGAAGAGAAGAUGGACUCCAAGGACCUGAGAAGUGACCCCCCCGGUAAACUGAUGCUGCCAGGCAUGCGGAAAGCCCCCCCACCCCCGGUGAAGGACAAGCCUCCCAAAUUUGUGCCUAACAAGUCCAAUGGAGAGGUGUCUCCCUUGUCACCCAAACAAGAAAAAGACUCCGAGCAGCUGGACGUGGUGGAGGUGUCCACAGAGAGGCUGACCCACCCCACGGCCAACCGAGCCAAGCCCCCCCAACGCAGACCCCCCACCGGCCAGGUCACCAGCCCGGAGGCUGCAGAAGACAGUUCCUUAUCUCCCACACCGACCGGACAGCCCGGUCUGGGCCCAAAGCAGCCCGCUCCCCCAAAACCCUCCCCGCCCCAGAGCCCGGCGGCCCCCAGCCUGGACGAGCCCGACCUCACGCCCAGCGCCCCUCAGAACCACGACCAGGACCAGGACCGCCUGCGCGCAGAGGUCCGAGAACUCAGCAUGGCGCUGGAGCUGCUGAAGAACCGCCAACUACGGGACAUGGAGGAUGUGAGGGAGGAGCUGAACCAGGAGAGAGCCAAACGAAUCGCACUGCAGGAGGAGAUGGAGCUUCUGAAGAAGUCCUUCAACAACCACUGACUGACCCCCGACUCAAACUGAGUGUGAAGGCCGCCGGUCGAGCUGGCGAACAGAGUGAAUUGUGAAAUGAUGAAUCAUGAGUUUAUGAAUUGUGAAAUGGAGGUGCUUUCCAAAAUGUAUGCACUGUUCUCACGGUAAGAUCUGAGCGCACCUGGUGCCCCGAAACCAGGCCGUCUUCAGCUCUUCAGGUUCAAGGGGCCAUUUUUAUCUUGAGCCCAGAGUCAUGUGUCUGGCUCAGAGAUUGUAGGGGAAAGGGGAUUUUUUGUGGAUUAAAAAAAAAAAAUUCUUUUAUUUUUAUAUAUUGAUCAGUGUGCAUCAUUCGAUAAGAGUGCAGACAGGGUGUUCUUUCACACUGUGAGAUAGGGUUACAACCUCAAUCAAUAUUAUUUUUACCAAACUGCACAAUAACAAUAAUUGUAAAGGUGGGGGGAUUAUUAUAUUGGGAUGCUAUCUACUGUAAACUGAAAAAUAUGAAAUAUGAAAUACUGUACGGUAUGAGAUAAUGUAUGGAAUGGAAGAUGUUAUUCAUAUUUUUAUGUAUUAUUUGUUUUAUCUUAAAUGUGUAAGUUCACAUUGUUUUUUUUCCUCUCUUAUACCAGGUAAAUAUCGUUUGCAUAAAAGGAGGACAAAGUUUAUGCCUUAUCUUUUUAUUAAAGUUAAUCAAUAGAAAGGAUUCAGGAAUAAUGUAUUUAACUGGAAGAUAAGGUCACUAUUCAGGAAUGUAAAAAUAUUUUCUUUUUGAAAAAAGAAUGAAUUGAAAGAUUAUAGUUCUCAAA